AUGGCUUUGAAAAAUGUAAAGCAAUAUUUUAGAGAAUACUGUCAAGCCAGCAGUAUACAUGGUAUAAGGUAUAUGGCAGAAAAGCGAACUUAUUUUGAGAGAGGUUGGUGGUUAAUAGUAUUCUCAGUCUGCUUGUACUUCUGUGGCUAUUUCAUAACGAUGGUCUAUCAAAAAUGGGAAAACAGUCCUGUAAUUGUGAGUUUUGCUACCCGCGAGACUCCUAUUCACGAAAUACCGUUUCCAGCCGUGACUAUUUGUCCAGAAAUUAAAUCUUUCAAAACAAAGUACAAUCAUUCUAAUAUGGUGGUGAAAUUGAAGAACAAAGAACGCUUAACCAAACAAGAAUAUGAAUCAACAUCAUACAUGAAUCUACUUUGUGAUGUUAAUAUAACGGAAGAAUUGUUCAAAUAUGGGAACGAUUCAGAAUUUGACUAUUUCAAUAAUUAUUAUUAUACUGACAAUAGGUUUUAUGAUUUUAUGUUUCACGUUGCGCCAAACCUCAUGAACCAUUUUUCUUUGUGCAAAUGGAUGAAUAGAAUCCAAGAUUGCAAAGAUAUGUUCAGUUUAAUCCUCACCGAUGAAGGCCUUUGUGCAACAUUCAACAUGAUGGACCAGUCAAAAAUUUACAUGAACGACGUCUUUCUACCAGAAAUACCAUUUCCCUCUAAAGCACCUCCAACAAAUGUUACAUGGAGUAUGGGCAGAGGGUAUGAAAAUGACCAAAACAUAAAUACUUAUCCACGUAGAGCCUUAUUCUCAGGCGCGAAAAAUUCCCUGACAAUAAUGCUUUAUGACUUCAGGGUUAACGCGGAUCCAACGUGUAAAAUGCAAGGAUUCAAAGUAAUUUUACAUACACCUACAAGAGUACCCAGGCCCACUCAACAAUACAUUAGAUUGCCUUUGCGUGAAGUUGUCGUGGCAGCAGUGCAACCUGUCAUGAUAACAACCUCAGAAACUGUAGAAAUUCUAAAAACUCGUGGAGGGGACAAUACAAAGUACAAUAUGCUUUCUCCACAGGAUGUGAAGAUUUUAAGUCUUCUACAAGAAAAAUAUUUCUGUGUGGACAAUGUCCUGGAUUCCAACGUUGUUAUGGAAAAUAACUCAGAAACUGAAAACACAUUUUUUGCAACACCUUCAACAUCUAGGAAUUUCCAAUCUUGUGAUGAAUCCCUAAAGAGACCAUUGUCCCUAAAAGUAAAUAUAGGUCAAUUGACGGAUAAUGAUGGUGAUGAUCGCUUUACAUGUGAUGAAACUUCAGACGAAACUAUAGAAAUUGUUUUUGAGGAAGAAUAA